AUGGCCACUGUGGCAGUGGUGGUCCCUGGAAACUCCCCUGACAAAAAUGAGAGGCCAGAGAGUGGCUCAUCUUCUCACAAGACUUUCACAAUCAAGCGAUUCCUGGCCAAGAAACAAAAGGAAAGCUGUCCUGUUCCUCAGUGGAUUCAGAUGAAAACUGGUAACAAAAUCAGGUACAACUCUAAGAGAAGACACUGGAGGAGAACAAAGCUGGGUCUGUAAGGAUUCA